UGGCUCUUAUAUUAUUGCAUUGGUCAGCUGUUGUAUUCACAGCUGCGCAGAGGGAGACGUCCAGCCGACACUAGAAAUAAAAUUCAUCUGAGCUCCGUGUCCAAAUCUCUACAAAAAUGUCUUCACAGGAAGAAUUUGAGAAGCUGGCGGAGGACGUGAAGAAGGUGAAGACGAGGCCUACAGACCAGGAGCUGCUGGACCUGUACGGCCUUUAUAAGCAGGCGACUGUUGGAGAGAUCAACACUGAAAGACCAGGAAUGUUGGACUUUAAAGGAAAAGCCAAGUGGGACGCCUGGGAAUCCAGAAAAGCAAUGUCCAAGGACGAUGCCAUGGCAGCCUACAUUACACUUGCAAAGGAAAUCAUCAGCAAAUACGGCAUGUAAGGCUCGGAGCAAGGCUGAACUGAAGAGGAAGAAUUAAUGCAAAAAACAACAACAGUUUACUAACGGAGUAAUGGAAACGAUGCUGCUGUCCCUAUAACAAGUAGCCUUCUGCUUUCAGAGGCCAUAUUAAUGCAGGAUAAAGUGACUUUUCAAAUUUAUUGUGAUUACUUUUCAUGUUUUCUCAUGUUUUUUUUACAUUGAUCAUUAAUUGAACAACUUUUAUGAAUUUUUUUAGGUGAUUAAAUUUGCUAAUUGCUAUUUUAUCUGAUUUAUGUAGUGAAGUCCCUGCAAUGUGCACAACGAUGUACUGUAAUUACAUGCACUUUGAUAUGUAGCUUGAUUCCUUAGCUAAACAGGACAUAAACUAAAUGCUGUCAAAUGUGAAAAAUAAAAGCUCUCUGUGCACUGUU